CACCCUACAAUAAAAAUGUCGCCUACAACCACUAUCCCCGUGCCUACUUCUGCAGUCCUUAAACCCGGCUCUUCGGUUUUCAUCACUGGCGUCACUGGCUAUAUUGGUGCUCACAUAGCAGAUCAACUCCUACACCGAGGCUACAAAGUCCGUGGCGUGGUUAGAAAGCCGGCGGAUUGGUUGAGCCAACUCUUCGAGUCGAAAUAUGGAAAAGGCGGUUUUGAGACUUAUUUUGUGGCUGAUUUGACUGAUGAAGAGGCUUUGGUGGAGGCUAUGCAAGCCAGCGAUGUCAGCUUCUCCCCCGACCCAAACAUCGUCAUCCCCAUUGCCGUCAACCUCGCAACCACUGCUCUAAAAGCCGCUGCCAGAACCCCUUCAGUCGAAAGAUUUGUUCUUACUUCCUCGGCAGUUGCGGCGUCAGCCUAUGCAGCCAAUACCCCUCGCACUGUAACCGCAACUUCAUGGUCUCAAACCUACAUCACCGAAGCCAAGCAACCAGGUCCGUACACCCCAGACCGUGGGAUAUCCACCUAUGGCGCUUCCAAAGCGUUGGCCGAGCAAGCCAUCUGGGAGUGGAGCAAGCAAAACACUGCUUCGAACAUGACAAUCAACACCGUGCUCCCAGAUCUCAACCUCGGGCUCCCCGUGUCGGCUGAACAUCAAGGAUGGCCUAGUAGCACGGGCUUUGCAGUUGCACUUUUCAAUGGCGAUAUUGCCACUGGACGAAUGCUGCCUCCGCAGUACUAUAUCGCUGUGCAGGAUACCGCGUUACUUCACAUAGCCGCUUUGCUGCAUCCUGCCGUCAAAAGCCAGCGUGUUUUUGGGUUUGCUGAGCCCAAGAAUGCGAAUGCUAUUUUGAAGGUUUUCAAAGAGUUGUAUCCAAACAGAGAGUUUGCGGACGAGGAUCCAGAAGAAGGAGAGGAUCUGGCGGUGAUUGAGGAGAAGGACAACGCGGAGGAGUUGUUGAGGUGGGUUGCCGGCAAGGAGUGGACGAGGAUGAGGGAGAGUUUGAAGGAGAUUGGAGAUUAUCUGGUUGAGCAUGAGAAGAGUGGUUGA